AUAAACAACUCUGCUAAUUCUUAUUAUAGUUGUUUGGGUGUGGUUGGCAUUUUUUUCCAAGAAAUGGCGCUCAUAUCAGAUAGACUUGAGAAACUUGGUUUCUUAUGUAUUCCUUUUCGUACCUGUGCACUGAUUACUAUCAAUAGUCAUAUGAGCUGUCAUUAUUGUCGUGAUCACUGUCAACAUUCGGGACCACGUUGGCAACAGAAGAAAGCACCACAACUGUGCAGACGCCAUUUCUUAUUUUUCAACAACCAGAGCAAAAAAGAAAAGAAACAUAGUUUCUCUAUAUAUUCAACUGCCAGUAGUCAACCCAAAAAUGAAAGCGAAUCAUUGGAAAGUUCUGAUAAACCUCUUCGACUUCCCAUCAAAAGACUCAAGAAAGCGGAUACUUUGCAGGAUAGUGAGUCGCGAGGUUAUGUGGUCAUUUCUUCAAAAGAACGCAAAAUAUUGGAACUCAUCAAGAAUUCAAAGCCUCAGGAAGCUUACAAUCUGUUUUUACGCUAUGCAAAGCUUGUGAUUACCGUUCCUACUAUGAACCAGCUAUUACAAAAGUUAGGAAACUGUAGAAAGGGUGUGGAAAUGUGGGAUGUAUAUGAAAAAGCUCGUUCAAGAGGAAUUCUUCCUUCUAUUCUAACAUUUACUAUUUUAUUAUCUCGUAUUGGUUCCAUUCCACGAGAUAACCAACAAGUAGUGGUUCACACGCUGCAUCAACAGUUAUUAAAGGAAAAGGAUCAACUUGAGAUGGAUAUUCGUACUUUAAAUUCUCUUAUGUAUGCCUAUUGUCAGUUAGGAAAAGUGGAAUCUGCAUUUGAAGUUUUUCGGAACUUGAAGAGAGACUUUGACAUGUUUCCCAAUGAAGUAUCUUGUAACAUUCUAUGUAAAGGUCUUAUUCAGGCAAGUCGUUUUUCGGAAGCUUUGGAACUCUUUUCAGUUGAAAUGCCUGCUAUGGGUGUAUUGCCUUCUGUAACAUCAUACGCUAUUAUUUUUGAAGCGUUUGGAAGACUAGGAAAAUUGGAUCAAAUGUCUCAGCUUUGGAAACAAAUGUUACAGAGAGGACAUCAACCUACCGAAGCUGUCUAUUUUAGUGCAAUGUAUGCUUGUGCUAUUCACGGGGAUUUGACGUCGAUGUUUGAAUAUUUUCGCAAAAUGGUGGAAGACGGCAUUCAUCCCAACAUCAGAAUGUAUGGAAUGAUUAUUGAUGCAUUAGGAAAAGCAGGAAAAUUGGAAUUGGCUUUUAGUUGGCUACAGAAAAUGACAGAAGAAGGGAUUGCACCUAAUGAUUACAUUUAUACUUCAUUGAUUUAUGCUUGUGGUAAUGUUGGAGAUAUGGAGCUUGCUAUGAAUGUUUAUGAGAGUAUGCGUCGUUCUGGUAUAUCUGGAAAUAUUGUAACCCUAUCGACUCUAUUGCAUGGAUAUUGUAAGAACAAAUAUCCUUUGGAAGCACUCAAUAUCUUCCAUAAAAUGUGCAGAACAGGUUAUCGAUUGAGUAAAUCACAAUUCCACGAGCUUUUCUACUGUUUAGGCCAAUUUAGGAUGAUAUCUGAAACCUUGCAAGUGUUUGAAACUUUAGUCAAACAACGUCUCAGUUGUACCACCGAUGAUUUAUAUGAUAUUCUUUGGAAUAUGUCCUUCGCAGGGAAUGAUAAUCUUUCUAUUUUGGUUUAUCAGAAACUGGAAGAAAAUGAAGCUUUCGUAGUACAAUCCGAUGCUUUAUAUUUGUAUAGCCAACGAAAUGAACCAAAAGUUGCUUUGCAUUGGGGUUUAUCUAGGCUUAAGAAAAUGCGUACUCAUACUCAUGUUUAUGUUGCAGAAUUUUAUCAUACACUGCUUUAUAUUGCCAGCUUAUGUGGCGAUGAGAAAUGCUUUUUCUCUUUGUUGGAUGAAAUGAUAGAAAAUCAACUAGCUAAUACGCGUACUCUAACUAUUCUUAUAUGUGGUAUUGCCCAAAUGAUGAUGAGCAUGCAUCAACUUGUAGAAGCUAAUACUUGUUCACAUAUAUUGGAUGUGGGUAUUAUAUGUUGUGACUCACUUUUUCAUUCCGCUAUGGAUGAAUUCUUUUGUUUACCCUUAUCAUCCUAUCCCAAGGAUUCUAAAGAGCCUUAUCCUGAACAAUUGCCUUGGCAGUUAUUGGAUAGAUUGCAACCCUUAUGGAAAGAUGCUGUGCAGUCUCCUCUCAUAUCCAGUUCAUGUCAACCCUUGUUAUCCAUUUUUGAUAUUUGUGAUAGCCAAAAGAUUGCCAUCGAUCGUUUAGCGUACAAUGCCACUUUUUGGAGUUUGACGUAUACUUGUCCAUUUGAUAUCGUCGAAAACUUCUACAAAAGAAUGGAAAGAGAUGGAGUUGGUAGCAAUUUAUGGACUUUUACUAUUUUAGCAUCUUGGAAACUUUCUCAAGAGAAUCCUCCCAUUGAAAAAGUUAUGGAAUGGAUGAAUCAAGUACCUGAUGGCAUUGAGUUGUAUAAUAUCUUGUUGAGUUUUUAUCGUCGACAAGGAGAACUGGACAAGAUGUUGCAAGUAUUUCGUGAAGUUCGUUCUAAAGUUUCGAUGGAUAGGAUUACCUAUCAACUAUUGGUGGAAGCAUGUUUUGAACAAGGGGAUCGUGUCAAAGCAUUGGCAGCUUUGAGACAUAUGAAAGAAGCACAAAUACAAUUGGUUGGGUCACAAUGGAAGCAUUUGAGUGAAGUUUGUAAGCAAUCAGGUUUCAUGGAAGAAAGUCAUUCAUUUCUACGACAAGCUUUACAAAUAGAAAGCGAACAAAUGGAACAACAACGUUGUUAUUUAGAACACCUACAUAUGUUGUGCCAAUCUACUUCAAUAGAAAAGAGAGAAAGAGAGAAUAGGGAGAUGGGAUGGAUGGACAAGAGGAGGAGAUUAAAAGUUAUGGAUCCAAUAUUUGGUUUUAUCCCAACUUGUUCUCGUUGUCCUUUUGCUUCUUUCUAUCGAAUAUCUUUUACACGAAAAAAUAGAGAUUCCUUUCCUCAACCUCGUUACUUGUCACGUUUAUGGGUCCUCAACACCCGACUAGGUUCUAUACGCCAAUCAAGGAUGAUGUCUACUUUUGAAAUGCAGUCAGAACAACGUUUUGGUAUUCAUUGUGGCGAUCUUGUUCAAGUGAAGACAGAUCUUGUGGUUUAUCAUGUUCCCAAAAUGAAAGGCCAAGGUAUUUUAUUAAAAGACAAGGUUGGAAAGGUGAUUGGUUUUUGUGAUGUUUAUAAAGGAGAACCUAUAACUGCCAAUUAUCCCGUUGUUGUAGAGUUUCAACAUGAUUCUUUGGUAUUUACGAGUCACUUGGCAGUUGAAGAGUUGCAACGAGUAGACAAGGCAGAUUGAGUUGACGUUACAAAAUGGAUAUGACAGCUCUGUUUUAUAAACGUAAAACAAGAUUGCAUAGAAAAGGUUGAUACUUUUAUGAGU